AUGGACACAGAGAAUCAUCACAAUUUGACCUCGGACUCGACCAUGUCUGACAAAACGAUUGCAAAUGACCAAUCUGUACAAACGCAAGAAUCUUGGGCAUCAGUACCCAAGCGCAAGCCACUCCCAUUGACAAAAGACCCCGAGGCAAUUCCCGAGUCUGCAGCAGUCAACGCUGGAACUGGAGUUGGAACUGGAAAAGAGAAUGCCACCCCCAGCGCAGAUGCGCACCCCUCCGGCAAACGAGCCUGGCCCUUCAGCCUGGCCGGUUGCAAUUUCAGAGCGCAGAAACGAUCGCGCAAUUUUCUAAUCAUCGGCAUAGUCGCCGCUGUUCUACUCAUUGCCCUGAUAAUCGGUCUCGCAGUCGGUUUAACCGUAGGGAAGAAGAAAGCCUCGAAUCUCCCGCUCCCGACCUCCAAUGGUGGCCCUUACUCAGGAGACCUAACUUACUACGACCCGGGUCUGGGAUCAUGCGGCUACACGAGUACGGAAUCGGAGUCGAUCUGCGCCGUCUCUCACAUCCUUUUCGACGCCGCAUCGACAGGCUCGAAUCCAAAUGACAAUCCACUCUGUGGGAUGAAGAUAAGACUUCGUCGGAACGGGAAGAGCGUCGAUGUGAAGGUCGUGGACCGCUGCGUGGGCUGCAAAGUGGAUGACCUUGAUGUCACCGAGUCUGUAUUUGAAAAGGUCGCUGAGAUCGCCCAGGGGCGAGUUACCAUGGAAUGGGCUUGGCUGGAGAAGUCGCCCGUCAGUGUAUCUUGA